CCAAUUUUUUGUGUGGGGAACAAUGUUGACAGUGUGGCUCACAUAAUAUUUUUUAACAUGUUUUCAGAGCAGUAGCCAAACUAUUCAGCUGAAGUCCUAGAGGUUUUACUGUUGUGUUGACUAUAGAGACAGAGGUUUGUACGUGUAGGGCCAAUACUACAGUUGGUAAAAGUGGGUCAGGUGGGCGUACACCAAGGAAUCCGAGUGAGUUUGCCUCAGUUCCCUGACGCCUACAUUCACAAAAUCAGCACUAUUCCAGAGCACCCAGCGCAUUAGUGCUGACCAGCACUGUGCAUUCUGAUAUUCAUUCAUUUAUAAAUUAGUAAAAAAUCAUAAAUGAUCUCGGUUGGGUUGGUUUAUUUAGUUCUUCAUUUAAUCUGACCCGAAUCACAUAAAACCUGUCAAAAGUCAGUGUAUAAUCAGUGGGGUCUUUGAACGGUGGGUCAUCGUAACUAAGCUACGUGUAAGUUUGAUUUCCAGCCCUUGUACCUAAAACUGGGACAGAGACACAGAGUCUGAAAUGGAGAAUUAUACUGUUACUCAUUAACUUUUAUAUGAACACCAAAAGAGCAAAUAGCCUAGUUACUGAAUAAAAUAUUGUAGAGUUGACAAAACCAACUGAAGUACUUCACAUCUAAUGCAAACUGACCUCCUGCCAAUGACGUCACUUUUUAAAUAAGCAGUAGAAAACUCAGUCGUACCCAGGUUUUAACCUCACUUCAUAAAACCCCAGUUAAAAAAAGAAAGCAGAAGCCUCUGCACUGUUUGUCACACACCCUCAGGAGAGGAGGAUUCUGGCACAAAUAAUGCUGAGGGAGGACUGACUAAAUGUUGCAUCAUGUAUCCAAACGGAGUUUUUUACCAGCCAUGAGACGAGGAGAAAACACAUCAGGAAGUGACAAACGUCCACACCUCCCCGUCCAAAAGGGUGUCGUCCAGUUGCCUCACAGAUCAGACCAUGGCUUCAACUCAGGACAAUGCUGUCUCUGCAGGAAGCGCAGAUAAAUCCAAGUCAGGACGACCAGAGGAGAGCACACUGAGCGCCGAGGACCAGGAGGUCGAACCUGUGUCUGUGAAGGAGCGCCUGGCGAUGUAUCAGGCCGCCGUGUCCAAGAAAGAAACCAGCAGCUCCUCCUCUGCUGCGGUGAUGGAUGAGUCAGAGGCUUGUUCUUUACCAGGAGGCUUGGCCAGCGUGAAGCGGCAGUUUGAAAGCCAGGAGUUUGCGUCUUCGUCUUCCCAGUCUUCCAGUGUCACCCAGGUUCAUUUCCAACAGAGAUCUGUCCAGGAGAUGUCAAGCUCCUCGGAGGUGACAGUGAGGAGCAGUGCCAGAGAAGCUGUCCCCACUACAGCACUCUUUCACAAUCAGCAAGAGGUGAUCCAUGAUCAAAGAGUCCACCAUAACAACGUGGCCGCCAGUUACGGGAACCAUUACAAUGAAACAGUUAUGCUCGUUGGAGGAGAGGACCUACCAAAGGUUUCCACUCAGGCUUUGAAGCAGCAGUAUGAAAAAACGAUUGAGGAAGCAGCACCAACGAAGGAAAUUAAGGUUGAUGUGGAUUUCAACCAGUUUCAAUGGCCAUCAGUAAACCAGUCCUCCAAGGUUUCAGCCACCACGAGCUAUGAUGCUUCCACUUCCGCCUCCACUGUAAAGACCACAGCUGCCUCAGCUAUGGCUUGUGAGUCGACUGACCAUUUCCCUCCCCCACCUCCAAAUGUGCUGCAGAUAUCACAGGAAACCCCAGAGUACAACGUGUCUUCCCACAAUCAGGAGGCAGCUUCCCAACAGAAAUACACUGUUAGUAAAGAACAGUACUUGAAAAACAAAAGUGUAGCUGAACUAAAGCGCCUCUAUAAGCACAUACACCCAGAGGUCCGAAAGAACCUUGAAGGGGACUUUCUGAGUCAGCUCAGCGAAGCAGAAAAGAAAGACAUGGAGAGCCAAGUGGUGGGUGAUGUCCAGCAAGCUUGCUACGCUUUUGAAAACGAUGGCACCGGCUCCAGCGAGUGUUCAAGCCCAGACCGGGAGUACAUAGACUGGGAAGAGAUCCUUAAAGGCGAAGUGCAGUCCAUGCGCUGGAUGUUCGAAAACAAGCCGCUAGAUGCAAUCAAGGAUGAAACCCCAGAUGAAAAUGCGGUGAGCAGCAUCGCCCAGCAAGAAAUUAUUGCUGGCAAAGAUGUCAAAUACACAGCGUGGAUGUUUGAAACUCAGCCAAUGGAUGCUCUGGGAACUGAAAAUUCUGAUGCGGCUGAGCAGUCUCAAAAAUCGACUGAUCUGGCGAGAGGAGAUGUUCGCACUGCCACCUGGCUUUUUGAGACACAGCCACUUGAUUAUCUGAAUAAGAUCUACCAAGAAGACGAGCAGGAGACAGAUGUUAUCACCAAAGACAUCACGGGCGGAGAUGUCAAGACAGCCAGAUAUCUUUUUGAGACGCAGCACCUGGACUCCUUGGGUAAAACAGAAACCAUUGAGGAGAGCCACUUCUUGAACCUGAAGUCUGAGCUGGAGGAGAUAAAAGGGGAUGUAAAGACAACCACACGAAUGUUUGAGACACAGCCAAUGUGUGUUAUCAGAGGAGAUUCGGGAGAAAUGUUGGAGAUUACCACCAUUCGCAGGGAGGAGACUGACAAAGGUGAUGUAAAGACUUCACGGUGGAUGUUUGAAACACAGCCCCUGGAUAUGAUUAACAAAGAUCCCACAAAGGUAAAACUCAUAUGUGGUAUUUCAAUGGAGGACCAAACCCAAGGCGGUGUGAACAAAGGCAGAUGGCUGUUUGAAACAAAGACUCUUGAUACUAUUAAGGAUGAAGAAUGGGAGAGUUCCAGGAAGCAGAGGGUGGAAGUAAUCGGAGCUGAUGUUCGGCAGCACUGUCUGGUGUUUGAGACUCAGCCUAUGGAUACUCUAAAAGACAACACCAAUGCGCGACCCUUACCCACAGAGGAGAUUGUGGGAGGUGAUGUUCGGUCCACCAAACAUCUGUUUGAAACAGUACCUAUGGAAAAUUUGAAAGAACUGCUCGAAGUAGGGAAACUCAGGAAAACAGUGGCAUCAGAAGAAGAAAAGGGCGAUGUGAGGCAUCAGAAAUGGGUGUUUGAAAGCCAGCCACUGGAAAAUAUAAGGGAGGAGAAGAAAGAGAUUACUAGAACUGUGAACAUUGAAGAGCUUGACAAAGGAGCUGUAACAAAUUUUAAAGAAAGGUUUGAAAGUAUGGAUCUAAGUAAGUGUGCGGGAACACAGAAAAUUCAAGUUGAAGGUGUAACGAGUGGAUCAGUAAAAUCCAACCGAGUUCUUUUUGAAUCCACUCCAAUGUAUGCUAUGCAAGACAGCUCUGGUCAUUACCAUGAGGUGAAGACCGUGAGACGUGAGGAGAUUGUUAAGGGAGACGUGCGCAGCUGUAGAUGGAUGUUUGAAACACGUCCUAUUGAUGAGUUUGACGAAAGCAUCAGUAAGUUUCAGAUUAUUAAAGGUAUAUCCAAACAGGAGAUGGAGUCCGGAGAUGUCAAAACAGCCAAGUGGUUGUUUGAAACACAACCACUUGAUGCCAUAAAGUUUUUCAGCGAAGAUGAAGAGUGUAAAACUAAGGAGAGUGUUGACAUAGAAAAGGGGGACGUGAAAACUUGUAGGUGGCUUUUUGAGACUCAGCCAAUGGAUGUUUUAUAUGAGAAAGUUGAAACAAGCGAGGACAAUGUCAAGGAAGUGCAGAAAGGUGAUGUCAAAACAUGCACUUGGCUUUUUGAGACGCAGACACUGGAUAACAUACGCGAUCAUACAGAGUCUGAGACCAUUUUAAAAACCUGCACCGUUAAACAAGAGGACAUCCAAGGAAAAGACGUCCGACUGGCUCGCUUUCUUUUUGAGACUGAGAAUCUGGAAAACAUUAUGGAUGAAGACAGCAGUUCAUUCAGAAGGGUCACAGAAAUCGACAUCCAGUCGGGCGACGUUUCUAGAAUGAAGUAUAUUUUUGAAAAUCGCUCCUCUGACAUUAUGAGCUCCACCUCAGAGGAAACAAUGCAGAGGCUGAAGACACAACAAGCUGAGGACAUCCAAAAGGGGAACGUGGUGAACUGUACCUGGAUGUUUGAGAAUCAGCCAAUAGAUGCUAUUCAUGACAGUACGACGGAGGCCAGGGAUACUCGUACCGUGACUGACGUUCAAGGGGGAGAUGUUGACAAAAGCCGCUUUAUUUUUGAAACAUACUCUCUGGAUCAAAUUAAAGAAGAGUCCACUGAUGCAAAUAUUUUAAAGCUCACUAGUAUCUUUAGAGAUGACGUAGAAAAAGGAGAUGUGAAAAAUUACACCAUGAUGUUUGAAACUCAGCCGCUGUAUGCCAUCCGUGACAAAGAGGGCCAUUAUCAUGAAGUAACUACAGUUACCAAGGAGGAGAUCAUGAGAGGAGAUGUGGUGGGGGCACGAUGGCUGUUUGAGACAAAGCCAUUAGAUUCAAUUAGAGAUUCAGAGGAGGUCUAUGUUAUUAAAGCUGUUACCGAAGAAGGCAUCAACAAAGGAGAUGUAAGUUCUGCUCGAUGGAGAUUUGAAACGCAACCUUUGGACGAAAUUGCAGAAGAGAUAAAAGUAAGGUCAAAAACAGUUGCAGACAUCCAAGGCGGUGAUGUGAGGACUAACAAGCAGCGAUUUGAGGCUGAUGAGACGUCUCAAAAGUAUAUCAGGACUGUUAGUGUGAGUGAAAUCCAAAAAGGCGAUGUCAGAUCCGCGACUUGGAUGUUUGAAACCCGAACAAUUGAUGAGAUCCAUGGCGAAGGUGCAGAGUACGAUGGCAUGGAGACGGUGACAAAAGAGGAAGUAAUGAAAGGAGAUGUCAAACAGUCUGUGUGGCUGUUUGAGCGGCAGCCCCUUGACAGCAUCAAAGAGGCAGACGGGGCAGAAGUUGUAGUUACAAAGGAAGAAAUCCCACAGGCGGAUGUGAAGACAACAACAUGGCUGUUUGAAACCACCCCAUUUCAUGAGUUCAAUGAAAGCAGCAUGGAAAAGACCGAAAUAAUAGGUAAAAGUAUCAAAGAGACGCUUCAGGAGCUUUACAGUCAGAAAAUGGUGGAUUCACAAGGCGUCCUCAUUGAGGCUGAUGAGAUUGGCGAUGUCCGCAUGGCAAAGUAUAAACUCAUGAACCAGGAGGCUCCACAGAUCCAAAAGGAAGAGAUUAUCCGAGGGGAUCUGAACAACAUAAUGAUGAACCUCCUGAACCGCAGGGAGAGCACUGAGAGGGGGAUAACUAUUGACAAGGAAGAGCGGGGGAACAUCAAUACCACAGUGAAACAGCUAUUCAACCAGGAAAAGGGAAUCAAUGUUGAGAAAGAAGAAAUUAUCCGCGGUGACAUUCAAGAGGCAAUAAACAAUCUGCUCAAGAGCGAAGGCUCAUCCAAGCGUGGCAUUCUGAUUCAGGAGGAUGAAAAAGGAGACGUGAGGAUGACUAUCUAUUCCCUCUUAAAUAAGGGGGAGCAGGCCAGCAUGGAGAAAGAAGAUAUAGUUCAAGGGAAUGUAAAUAGAACUCUUCAUCGUCUUCUGUCCAACUCAAAUGGAGAAGACUCAAAAAAGAUAAAGAUCAGCGACACGGAAAGGGGUAAUGUCAGUUUUUACUCCACAUGCAUUGAGUCUGGAGCCCUGGAUUAUCUGAAGCAGCUUCAGAAUGAGUACGACGAAAGGGAAGAAAAGGCGGUAAAAGAGUGUAUCAUUGGUGGCGACAUCGAAGAGACUAAAAUCUUGCUUAGAAAGAAUCACCAGCAGAUCGGUCGCACGGUGGCUGAGAAUGAUAUUGUUCCUGGUGAUGUGCACAGCAUUGUUAAAGUGUUUAUGACAGAACCUACUGUUACAUAUAGAAACCUAGAAAAAAAGGACAUUGUUAAAGGUGACCUUGGUGCAGCCCUGGAUUCCCUCACCCAAGCUAUCAAUCAGAAAGUGAUGAUAGAGAAAGAAGAGGUAGUCAAGGGAAACAUCCCUACUACUUUGCGGUCUCUGGAGGAGGCCCAACAUCAAACCAAAGGAAUAGAAAUUAUCAGGGGUGACAUCAGGGGGGCGCUUGAGUCACUAGAGAAAUCUGCAACUACCAAAACAGAGGUCACUGUGGAAGAUUUAGUGCCAGGUGACAUUAAAGGAACCCUGAAAUCCCUCGAGGAGGCCAAACAAGCUGUGAAAGAGUUGGAAAAAGAGGAGAUCGUCAAAGGAGACAUCCACACUGCCAUGCAAAGUUUACACGAGGCGUCGAAUGAGACAAAAACUUACCAGCAUCAAGUGAGCGAACAAGGGGACGUUAAAGCCACAAUCCAGCUCUUGCUGGAGCCAGCGACGUCUCCAAGAGUCCAGCGCAGAGGAAGCAUCGAAGGAGAUGUUAAAACAUCUAUCAAAUCUCUUUAUGAAGUACAAGAGGCGGCGCAGAUGGAAAAAGAGGAGGUGUUAAAGGGAGAUGUUCAGGGGACGAUCAAGUGUCUAAUGCAACGAAAGCAGUAUUCAAAUCCAAAACGCAUGUAUCCCUCCAAGAAAACCAAAGUCCCCAUGAAGAAUCCAUCAAAUGCAAAGCAAGCGGAGCAUGAAUGCUUACAUGAGGCUAAGCCUGAGAGUGCAGCAGUCAAUCCAGCCCCCGCUGUGAAAAACCUUUCUCAGAGUGUUGAGUCACAGACACAUGCACAGAGGCACAGCGAAAGCAAAUCAGUGAAAACACAGGUAAUAACCCAAGAGGACCACUCUGUUACUGUAGCCAAAACAGACAAUACCACUGGGGCCUCUCAACAGAAGAGCGUAAAGGAGCCGAAACACAAAGCGCUGCCCCCACAGAAAAUACAAGCCCCUAAGCCCAUUACGAUAAAGAAUAAACAAAUGAGUAAUAAUGAUCAAACAGACACUAAAGCAGAGGGUGUGAAUGUGAUGAAAGAGCCGCAGAGCACAUCAAAGAUUUCAAAGAAGCAGAUCUGUGAAACAAAGACAGUCAAACAGGUUCAGACUACAGUGACAGAGAAAACCGUGGUACAUAAGCAAAAUGUAAUGGUAUCGGAGCAGACGUCAACGUCUCAAAAGCAAAUAGGGGGUAAAGCUGUCGCACAACAGCAGAACAUCAAAAAUACGAAGAUCGAUCACCGUAACCUUGACAGUAAAGGGAAAGGUGUGAUCAAAAAGAAAGCAGAGAUUCACUUCCCUCCUCCUCCUGCUUCCCCGCCUCCACCCUCCGAGUCGGAGCUGUCGCUCCCUCCACCUCCGUCGCCGGUAUUGGAGUGCCCAGCGUCCCCCUCAUCCUGCUACUCCAUCACGAGGCGGGACAGUGACCUCCCACCCCCACCACCGCCCCCUCCACCUCCUGUGGAAUGCACAAGAUCAGAACCUGAUUUUUUCCCUCCUCCGCCUCCUCCUCCACCUUCUGUGAGCACACAGGAUUUUCUGCCUCCGCCUCCCUCACAGCAAGAGCUUAAUGCAAUGCCUCAGCCUCCCCCUGCAAAGCUGGGAAAGCCCAUCAUCAAGCCCAUAUUCAAAGCCCCCAAGCAGCCCGAAACACUAAAGCAGCCACUGCAAGUUAAACCCAAAUGGCAGAAAAAGCAGCCAACUCCUCCAUCACCUCCACCUCAGCUCCCUCACGAUCAAGAAACACCAGUGGCAACAGGCCAUAAAGAAGCGCUACAAGUUGUUGUACAAGAAGUGAAAAAGAUUGAAAUAAGCAAGCAGAUUCAAUCUGAAUCUACAGCAGUGUCUGCAGCUAAAAUGUCCAGCAUCCCUGUUGUAAAGGCAAUGCAAAAAGAAAGCCCCCAGCCAGCUAAGAAGGUGUUUGUCCCUCCCAUCAAACUGCCUCCACCCUCAGACCCUGCUCAGAGCCCAAAGGCCAGACCGUAUGCCCGCAAAUUCAAAACGCCGCUCAUGCUCGCAGAGGAAAAGUAUCGUCAGCAAAAGAUAGAGGAAACUGAGAGGAGUAACGUCACAACCCCCACCUCCCCACCAGCUAAUAAACUCCCCACUGCGUCUGGUGCAGAGCUUUCUACAGAACAAAGCACCAACAGAGAAGUGGCCACGGAAGUGACAAAAGUGAUGACUGAACAACUUAAGACUGUAGAAGAAAUAUCUGCACAAGACGUGGCUGCUAGGAAAACCCCCUCUCAGAUUCCUCUGAGCAAGCCACUGAGCUCAGUGGUAAAUAAGAAAUCAGCCCCUGGAUCUUCAAAUCUGUCCUCAGAUAAAAAGCCGGUUGCUAGCGAGCACUCUUCAGAAAAGAUUCCUGCCUCAACUGAUGCUGUUAAAAAGAGUCAAAGUGCAGCUGAGAAUCAGGCUGUUUCUAUUACUCAGGCUCAUCAUGAGGCCUCAAAUAUCAAAGUCCAGUCGUGUUCGAAUGUGGUCACUUCUUCCGUCAUGGAGCAGCAGCAGGUUAUUAAGAAAUCCAGCACCAGGUCUAUCGCUGCCACGCAGAGCACUGUCCAAGGAAAUGUAAAUCUUCAAAGCCAGGCUGCGGUCACAUUGAAAGCUGAAGAUGUAAAGAAUAUUAAUGUGCCUCUGACGCAGGAAGGAAAAAUGAGUCCUUCUCAACCCAGUAAAAUUCCAAAGGUAACUCCAAGCUUCAAAGUGAAAACCUUUAAGAUGCCACCAGAGAAGAAAGAGGAGAAAUGUGAGGGUUUGGGACAAAAGGUUGGAUCGAAAAGUGAAAUGCAUUCACAGCAUGAAAAAAGUAGCGUGUCGAAGAAAAGUGAAACAAAAGAGUCCCGGGAAAGCAGCCAGCUGACAAAAGCAGCAACAGAAAUUAAGGUAAAGGAGGUGAAAAGUCAGGUGACCCAGCCUGUAAAGGAAGCUGAGGUAGAGGUUCGCGUGAAGAAGGAAACGCAGGUGCAGAGUGAGACCGAAGCAAAGCUGUCGCCAUCAGUUACAGUUUCAAUACCAAAGGCAACUAAAAUAACAUCUGCAGCAAGUCUUAAAGGACAAGGCCUCGUAUCUGUCUGCCACAGUCAACAGAGCACGAAGACAGAGAACAUCCAAAGAUGCAAGGAGGCGGUGAUGACUGAGAGCACGGUGCAGCAAAGCUUUCAGAUGCAACGACAGCAACAAGCGGCGGAGACGAAUAAAAUGCAGAUAAAGGAGUGGAAAGGUGAGCCCGAGGACGUGCCUCUCAAAGACGAAGGAAAAACGACCCCUAAAGAUGGAGCUCACUCACACGAGCUCGCAGACUCAGAGAAGAGUGAUGUGGUGCAGAAGCUGCAUGCUCAAAUAAAAGAGCUGGAGGGCACGCCAAGCAAAAUAGACUCCAACACUGUCAGGAUGAUUAUACGUGAACUCCCCGACUGGGUGAUGCGCUCGGUGGAGAAAAAUAAUUUAAGUGAAGUAGCUAAACAGCAAAGUAAGAAGAAGCUGAAAGAGAUGAUAGUUUAUGUGAGGAAUAUUGUUCAGUCCAAGCUCAAUAUUUUGAAAGAAAAUCUGACAGCUGUGGAAAAACAACAGAGAGAAGCAUCUCCAGUGCCGCCGUCAGUGCCUCCAAAACCCGACAGGAGUGUUUUGAAUGCAGCCACUGCAAAGAUCUCAAAGAUUAGCAUUGGCUCGUCCAAAACCGAAAAGAAGGUUUUUGAGGAGAGGAAGUCACUUCAGGAGAGCAGAGGUGAGCAGAGGGUGUCUUCCCCGCUAGCGAGCAUCCGCACUCCAUCGCCCACUUUUAUCAGCAUCGAGUCGAGGAGGGUGGACUCGCCCCUCAGGGUGACGCCCUCUCCUCCGCCGCACAGAUCCGUGGGGACACCGCCGCCGCCUCCUCGCAAGUCCUUCACGCCCACGUCGGCCGUCAGCAGGGCCACGCCGUCGCCCACCCUGAGCCGCUCCGAGAAGCUGAUGAAGCUGAGGGACACCACGUCCAGGCUUUCGCGCGGCAUGACCCCCCCGCCCCCCGCCACCGCGUCCGACAGCGCCGCUGCUGAAAGGGAGCAAUCAUCCCCAUUAUGCGGCAGGCACACUCCCGUACAGAGAGCCGAGGAGGGGGUGGCCGAUGUUGCAGAAAUGGUGGACUCCAUGAAAACAGUGAAGGACAAGAAGUCGUUCUUUGAGGAGGCACAAAAGGCCGAGGUGAACAGGAUGUACAUUCGAAAGGAUCCCAUAGACAUCCCUGAACGUUUGGGACCCGAUGCGGAGGAAGGCCUAGAACCGGUGACUAUAGAUCUCCUGAAGGACGAUCUCCCAAGAGUCGACCUGUCUAAGCUGGUAAACAGAUUUGAAUCUCCAAAACCAAAAGUGUACAUCAGGAAGGAGCCUAUUCAUAUCGCGGAGAGGCUGGGCAGCGAUACAGAGGACGCAGAGGCUGACCCGCGUACACCGAGGCCUGAGGACGUGCCCGCCUUCAACGUUAAGGCCAUAAAGGAUGUGUUUGAGACAGGGGAGCAUAGUUCUCAGGCAGCACGAGAGCUAAGAGAACAAAUAGAAAGAAGAGAAUCAGAGUCAGCCUGCUCCGACCCGGCAGGUCACUGUGAGACAUCACUCACUGAGCAAUUCUGCAGCAUUGAUGACUUCGGAAACAUCACAAGCGAGACAAGGAGCGAGGUGCAUUCAGGGAGCUCCGUGACCCGCGGCAACCCGCCGUCUUACGCUGAUGUGGUGAGAGGCAAAGUUCCCACCGUCGCCGUGCCCCCUGAAGCCUCCACGGAGGAGCUGCUGAGAAGCUUCCAGCAGUCCUGGGCCCAGAGCCAAGGAGUCUUCCAGAACCUGGGUUUCAGUGUCACUGAGCAGAGGACCUCUCAGAUUGUAACGCACCAGCAGGAGACGGUCGUGAUGGAAAAUUCGAAUUCCAGAGUCCGAACUGUGCAGGGUGUGUCGGAAGAGGGUGUACCCCAUGGAAUCACUGAUCGCAGACAAACAAAACUUCCAUAAAAGCUGCUUUCGCUGUGAACACUGCAAAGGCAAACUAAGUCUUGGCAACUACGCCUCUCUCCAUGGACGAAUGUACUGCACACCACACUACAAGCAACUGUUCAAGUCCAAAGGAAAUUAUGAUGAAGGAUUCGGACAGAAACCGCACAAAGACUUAUGGAAUAAUAAGAACCAGCAGG